CUGCGAGUUUUAGAAAGCCAGAGGAUCCCGAAGUCUCUUGCGGCCUGUCGGCUCAAGGCCCAGCCAGCUUGGCUCGUGCCACAGAAAGUGUGGCUCAAGGCGUCGCGUGGCUUGACGCCUACAUAUUUGCAUCGUAGGCACGCUCCCCCGCAGCCUUCUGUGCUGCUUACCAGCGUCCAUGGCGCUGCGGGGCUCUUGUCUCGCGACUAACUCGUUUUGUUUUUUACUAUGUUUUUCUUGCCUUGCCAACGUGCCCAAUUUGGCGAGCUCCCUGGAGGAGUGCGCCGUGGAAGCCAAAGGAGACUGCUGGGACGACGCCCCGCGCCGCGUGCUCCUGCUCCAGCAGCGGCACGACGUGGUGCUGCCUCCAGACGCAGCGAGCGCGCCCGGCGCUGCGCGGUCGACCGCUCCGGUGCCACCCGGCCCUGCGCGGCGACCGCCCGGCGGCACGCACUGGAGAGGCCACCCCGAGCUGGCGCAGGACGGCGCCGCGCCCCCGGCGCCCGCAGAGCUCCCGGGCGCUCGCCCGCCGCUGCCCCGCAGCGCGGGCCCGCCCGCCCCCGAUGGGGGCCCGCGGAGGGCGCCCGUGGCCGCCGCGCGGGAGGCCGGCGGCGCGGAGGGCGCCCGCGGGGUGCCCGCCGGCGCGGCCGCGGCGAACAAGUCCGCGGGAGGAGGAGGGGCCGCGGGCCUCUCCCCGGCGGGCGCGGCCGGCGCCUCCCCGGCGGCGCAGGGCGAGGCUGCCGUGGAGCGCCCGCAGCUGCCCGGCGGCCCGAGCUCGGCCGCAGCCGUCGAGGGCCCGCGGGGGGCGCCGGAGGUGGCCGGCGCGCCUGCUGCAGGCGAAGUCGGGCGAGGCGGCGUCGGGACGCCCGCCGGAGCGGCCGUGGCGGGCGAGUCUGCGGGACAUGCCGCUGCAAGCUUCCACCCGUCUGGCGCGUUGGCUGCCGUUGAUCUCAAGGUGACCGCCACCGAGGAGAACCGGUACGUGUCGAUCGGGAUCUUGUGGUUCUUCUUCGUUGGCCUGAUGUUCUGGGCGAAGCACACCACGUGCGACGCGUACCUGAUGCCCGCCAUCAACGUCUUCGUGGACAGGAUGCGGGCCAGCGAGCAGGCCUGGCUCCAGAGGUGGGGCGAGGAAGCAGUCGCCGGAGCCACCAUCUGCGCGCUAGGGUGCAACGGCCCAGAGCUUUUCUGCAACUUCAUCGCCCUGUACACGGGCAGCGACGCGGGCAUUGGGACGGUUGUUGGCUCCGAGAUCUUCAACCUGCUCGUUAUCAUCGGCGCCACGAUCAUGGCGACCCACAGCCUGCCGCUCCAGCUCGACCUCGCGCCUUUCGCCCGCGAUGUGUUCUUCUACGGCCUGUCGGUCGGCCUGCUCUACUGCGUGCUCUCGGACAAGCAGGUCGAGUUCUGGGAGUCGCUCGUGCUCCUUGCGGCGGCGAUGCUGUACGUGGCGGCGGUGUACUUCACCUCGGACGUGGCCGACAUGCUGUGGGGUGCCGGCGCAGCCCAGGCCGCCCUGCCGUCCUCGGCGGGCCUCGCUGCGCCGCCCGCGGGGCAGCCCGGCGACCUGCCCGACGGCAAGGUCUCCAGGAGGAGCAGCCGGGCGGGCUCCUUCCACGGGGUGACGGUGCAGGUCGAGGAGGUGGUGCACAGCCGCAUGACGGACGCCACGCACCUCAAGAGGACGAUGGACGCCAACGACUUCGCCGUGGAGACCGGCAUCGACGUCGCCCUGUGGACGUCGCAGCGCACCGUCAGGCAGUCCCGGAGGCCCUCGCUCGGCCCGCAGCUGGAGGACGUCCAGGACGCGGUGCUGGCGGGGCCCAGGCUGCUCUACAAGGACCUCAAGGAGGUUGUUGUCCGGUCAGAGGGCGUGAUGGACCUCGAGUUUUGGCCACACGUCUGGGAGCACGUGACUUUGAGGGUGAGGUGUGGGACUUCGGUGGAGCGCGACGAGCUGCUGGCGAAGGUCAGGGAGUAUUCUCUGGGGAAGCCCUGGGAGCACGAGUACGACGCCUCUGUUCAUUCCGCGUUUGUCCGCUUCAAGCGUACUUUGACGGCAGAUAGCAGCAUAGUGGAGAAACUCUCAGCAUUUCCUGAGUUGAUCGUUAACGUAUGCUUGAUGAGCACACUGUCCGUGGUCGACGUGAAGGACAUCCGGAACGAGGGGCGAUGGGGGCUGUGUUUCUUGGGCGGUAUGUUUUGGUUGGGCUUGCAGUCGUAUUUCUUGCUGGAAGCCUGCGACUGCAUCCACUAUCAUAUACCAGCAAUUCCCACCAGCUUCCUCGGCAUCACGGUGUGCGCUGUGGGCACAUCGUUCCCGAACGCGAUCGCCUCCGUCAUACUGGCGCAGCAGGGGCAGCCCGCUGCAGCGGUCGCCAAUGCCCUGGGGUCCAACGUGCAGAACGUGUUCCUCGCGAUGGCGUUGCCCUGGGCGUUCUACUCUGCGCAGAUGCUGAGCUUCGGAGCCAUCUCGCAGGACGUGGCGGGCAUCGACGAGGGCGUUCUCUGGAUGAUGGGCACCCUGGCGCUGCUGCUGCUGGUCUCGCUAUGGCCGCCCACUUUCGGGCUGCUGAAGAGCCACGGGGUUCUCUUCAUCCUGGUUUACGCGGCAUACCUGGUGGACAUCACCGCUGAGACGUUCGGGGUCAAAGUGUGAUGCAGGGUGGGCCCAGCCUCGUCGGCGCUUUCUUGGGAUACUAGGGCGGGCCCUCGCGAAUGGCUCGCUCCGAACCCUCCCUCACGCGUCAUCCUCACCCCCCGUUCCCUCCUGUAUGAAAUCCUGCCGUCCCAGCUUUCCCUCAAUCGUCGAAUCGUGAGGGAUGCUCUUUGUUGCCCCUCCCAUCGCACUGCAGCGCCGGCAGGCGAGGCACCGUGAGUUGGUGGGUGCUCGGGCAAACAUCGCACACUAGCGAUGGACGGCGAUGUCCCCAAUUUGCCGUGCUUCAGGUAUGAAGAUCUUGCAACAGUUCGAGUCACACUUUUUCUUCAUCACCGGCAUCCUCCGACUCCUCUGUCCUGCCCCCCUCCUCCCAGCUCAACGUAUGGUUCCGCACCUCUUCAAUACAGUGGCGGCCAUUCUGGCGGUGUGUCGUACAGAACCUUCCGCACAGCCCGACAGGCAUUUCUGGCAAAGACGCAGCAGGAAAUGCUCGGUGGGCAUGCCGCAUAACCACCCAAUAUAUUAUUCUAAGUUUGGCGCUCGUCGCGUCGUUUGUGCUCUGACGCGUGCUGGGCCAGCUCGUAGAGCUUGGCGGCACGACGGACGAGGCCGAGGCGUGCGGACGCGUCGCCGAGCCGCUUGCGAUUGCCGCUGUGCUGGGCCCGAAAGACAAAAGUCCGAGCAUGUGCCCAGGGUGGCCCCGCAGUGGGCGCCACCCCAGCAUACUUCUGCUGCAUGUGUGCGUCGUUCCCCCUCAGGAGCGACGCGCGCACCGAGACAUCUUCACAGCACCUGCGUCGUGGCGGGCGCUUCCCGGCCACGCCGCUCGGGAAACGAUGUGGCUGCCACGAGGUGGGUAUAUACUAUAAUGUUUGUCUCGGACGCGCGCCUCCAAGGAGGACGCAUAGUACCAGUGUGUCUCUGUGCGUCCCGCUCAGGGCAGUAGUUCAUUGACUGGGGGGGGAGGAACUGGGCGAGGCGCAUGCGCCGCCCUGCACAGCGGUCGUCCAGACAGCAGCCUACGACGUUCUCCCACUUGCCGUUCACGUUAAACUCAAACGCGCGCGCGCGGGGCGCGCAGGUGGGCUUUACCAGCAGGAAUGGGAAGGCAGCUGCGCGUGUGGUUCGGCUCGGACCUUGAACCCUUGGCGGUAAGACCUGCUGAGCCAUCGUUGCCGCCGCCUCUGCCUUCUCUUGCGCUGCACGCCCGUGCGUGACGCCUGGUCGGCAUGAGGGUGCCGUCGGCAGGGGAAGUAGUCGGGCUCCUGAUUCCUGGCUACUUGGCUUCUGGACGGGUUCGGAUCCUUCUUCUCAGGCAGGCCUAGAAACGGG